GUGUUUUUUUUUUUUUUUUCUUCGCAUGGCUGAAAGCAUGCGUACAGUAGAUGAAAAACGUAUUUAUUUAUUUCGGUUAUAACGAUAAAGAGCAUGAACACUCAAGCAUCGAAAAGGAUAUACCCACGCUUGCCUGUGUGGAUAGUCGAGGAUCAUAACGAUGUCGUGCAGCACAUAUACCGCGCGAUGGGCUCGAGACACCUUCCAACGAAUAACGUGAAGAUGGUCCAUCUGGACUCACACCCAGACCUCCUGAUUCCGGUCAACAUGCCCGCGGACACCGUGUUCGAUAAAGAAGCUCUUUUCAGUGAGCUGAGCAUUGAGAACUGGAUCAUGCCCAUAGUUUACGCUGGACACCUCUCUCAUGUGAUGUGGCUUCACCCAUACUGGGCGCAGCAGAUCAAGGAGGGUGAGCACAGUAUGUUUGUUGGACGAGACUCUUCGACAACCACCAUCAGGGUUACAAGCAAAGAUGAUUACUUUUUAAGCGAUGGCCUUUACGUCCCUGAGGAUCAGCUGGAAGAAGAAAAGCUGUUCAAGCUGAAUGUUAUGAGAGUGCAUCCAGCCCCAUCCAAAAGCAGUAAAGCUGAGGUCGAUGGAGCAUGUACUUCUAAAAGGUCAAAAAGUGCAGCCAUUGGUCCGGAUGCUGAACAAAUGCAGUCCCUGGGUGACCCUGAGCAAACCGUAGCAGAGGAGGCAGAGGGGAGUUGGACUCCUGGAUCAGGCAUGAUUGAGCCACCGGGGGGCAGCAGAAGCUCAGAUUGUGAUGCCUCCAGCUGCGAAAAUGGAGAUGAGUCACAAUUCUGCACGCUGUCUGCACAGGAAGCAGGCACUGCAUCACAAAUCCUCAACAGCCUCCUUUCAGUUAUAGAGCACACAGAUCAGUACAUCCUUGAUAUAGACCUGGAUUUCUUCUCCUGCAAGAACCCUUUUAAAGAGAUGUACACAAAGGAGGAGUACAGUUUUCUCCAGGAGUUGUACAGCUUCCGGAAGCCCAGAGAAAACUCAGAUGAGGAUGAGGUGCUUGAUUGUGUGGACAAACGGAUACGGCAACUGGAGGACCUGGAGGCUGCCUUUGCUGACUUCAUUGAAGAUGACGGCGAUGAAACCCUUAAACAGUGGGCAGCAAAACCAGGAAUGAAGUCGAUUAUGAGACUGGUACAGAGCCUCCGGAAUAGAAUGAAGUCCCCAGACUAUGAAAUGGUCCACCAAGCAGGCCUGACCUGUGACUACUCCGAGUUGCCUCAUCACAUCAGUAGUGAGGAGGAGAUCGACCGGCUCCUCCACACAGUACACCUCAUCUUGAAGGGCCUUCCUAAGCCUACCCUGGUCACCAUCUCAAGGUCCAGUUUGGACGAGUACUGCCCAGCUGCACAGGUGGAUUCCAUCCAGGCUCAGCUGCUCCUGAUUCUGGAAUCACUCUACAGCUCCCUUGACAUCCACAGGGAGUAUGAGGUUGUGGCAGACUCAGACAGGGCCUCCCUCUGAGCAUAACACUACAAAAUACAGAGGAUAAAAAUGCAUUUCUUCUCUGUCGUGACAUUUUUUUCAUUUUGUAACUUUUACCUUAAGAGUAUGUUCUGUACAGAGUGUAAAUGUGUUUGAAAAAUAUUUCUUUUAAAUGACAGCAAAUAGACCUUGGCUUCAUUAUGGAACACCAUGCAUCUGUUACACCUUGUACAGAAAAAUGACUGCAUUCAGGAGGAUUUUAUUACGUCUUUCGAGCAGUUGUGAGCAGCUGCAAGUUUGACAGUCCCCUUGACACCAACUAUGCAUAAACACUAAU